AGCGCGAGAGUUACGGAGCAGCGCGUGCCACGUUGGGAGAGCAGUCGGAGCCUGAAGUGAAGCGAGCGCGCGGACACUUUGAUUUAAGCGACCUGCUUUAAAGAUAAAAACAUCUCGAGCAGCUCAACCGGAGCCACAAACACAGAGACUCACUGAGGGACUGACCGAAGGACUCGGAGCCGCCAAGAUGCACUUGUUGUCCGCCCUCCUCCUCCUCCUCCUCGCGCUCCUCUGCCAAGUCACGGCUUUGGAGACCGUUACCGGACUGUACGGAAAAACGGUGGCCAUCCCUUGCAAUUACGGAACGAUUAAUGCAAAAGACAUCGUGAUGAUUAAAUGGAAAUAUGACAAAGGAGAUGCCCAGUCUGGAGACCUGCUGGUCAAGCAGAAAGACCAGAACGUCUCAAACUACGCCACAGAUGAUUACCUGGGCCGUGUGAGCAUGGCCACAAACUUCACCCUGCUGCUUUCUAAAGCCAAACUGGCCGAUGCGCGGACUUUCACCUGCAUGGUGGUGGCUGCUUCAGACAUCCGAGAAUUCCCAGUUAACGUGCUGAUCAACAAGUCGCCUGCAGGCGUGGAGAUUUCUGACAAAGCAGUGGAGCUGGAGUUUGGCAAACUCACGAAGCUGGGAAAAUGUGUUGCUCGAGAUGCUAAUCCAGCUGCUAACAUCACAUGGCUGAGAAACAAUAAAACCCUGGUGGCUGAUGGGAAAGGGAUUUCCAUCAAAAACUCUGUGGAAGGAGACUCUGUUACCGGCCUGUCCACCACAAUGUCCACGCUGGAGUAUUCUGCAGAAAAGGCCGACGCAGGCGCCCAGUUCUCCUGCAGAGCCGACCAUCCUCUGGGUGACAACCUCGUGUCCUCUCCGAUGACUUUCACCAUCACCUACUCCACAGAGAACAUUGAUCUUCAGGUCAUUCCUCAGGAUCGUCUUGUAGAAGGAGAUAACUUGACUCUGAAGUGCGUUGCAGAUGGGAACCCUGCUCCUACUAGCUUUAACUUUGACCUUAAGGGAAACGUUGUAAAAGUGGAAAAUAGAGACGUUUACACCAUCACAAAUAUCUCGCGUAACACCAGUGGUGUAUAUAAGUGCUCUCUAAUUGAUGACCCCUCAAUUGCAGCGUCCAGAAACAUCACAGUCAACUACCUGGACAUCAAUUUAAGCCCAUCUGGGAAGAUCGUCAGGCAUGCUGGCAAGGCCUUGGAUAUAACUCUUCAGAUCAAUUCUUCCACAAUAUCAAAGGUCUACUGGACAAAGAACCAUGUUAAACAGGACAAUCAGCCCAAUUUCACCAAGCUUGCUUACUCAGACUCUGGUUUCUAUGAGUGCUGGGUGACAAUGGAGAACCUCAAGCGAACAGCGUCUUUUGAGCUGGUUGUCAUAGGUUCUCCUGUCAUCAAACACCUGAAAGAGUCAAACAAAGAUGACCAGCAGAAAAUAUUAGUUUGUGAGGUUGAAGGUUACCCAAAACCAGCUGUUUCCUGGAGCGUCAAUGGCACUUUGCUUAAUGAGACUUCCUUCCCCAACGGCAAUAUAGCACACAAGAUCGCGGUCGAGCCCUCUACGAACCUUAAUGUCACUUGCACGGUGUUUAAUGAGUUUGGCAACGAUUCCAAAGUUAUAAGCGUGUCCUCCCUAUUUGAGGAGGUGAGAAUGGAUAAACAAGACACGGCGAAGGACGGAGACCAAACCCAGCUGGUGGUUGGAGUUGUAGUCGGCCUCCUCAUCGCAGCUGUGGUUAUAGGCCUGGCGUACUGGAUUUACAUGAAGAAGUCCAAGCAGGGAAGCUGGAAGACCGGUGAGAAGGAGAACGGGUCCUCGGAGGAGGAGAAGAAACUGGAGGAGAACAGUCAGAAGGCUGAAGUGUAAAGAGAACCGUUGUUGAAACGGUGAAGUGAAAGUGAAAACUCUGAACUUUUGCACAUUUCUCUUCACCUCUGUCCCGGAGAAACAAAAGCGUGUACGUCGGGAUGAAGACAGCUUGAGUUUGGUUUCAGGGAGACACUUACAAAAAUAAAAAUAAAACCCACGUCCAGACCCAGACACCCCCCUCCCCUCCCCCGACCCCCUCCAUUUAUUCUCUAACAGAACAGAUACUGCACGUCACAGGAACAAGUUGUCUGCACUGCUGAAACUCGUGGAAACUUUAGGAUUCGUGUUUGUUAGAAUGAACAAGCGGGAAAGUGAGAGACUGCGGAUCUUUUUUUAUUUUAUUUUAUUUUAUUUCUUAGUCGAUGCGAGUGAAGUUACUCCUAGAGCCGCUGCCUUUGCUGUGAGGAUCUGCGUUAGUCUCUGCUUUGACCAUCAAUGCUCUUUUUUUUUAACUCCAUGUCAUCUCAGGCCAACCACCUCUGCCUUCAGCAUCACUUUCAAGCAGUUGUAAAUCCGUUUGCUUCGGCAUUCAUUCAUUUUAUUGUAAAACGUUUUAAACAUUGAGGUGAAACUCCUGGAAGGGCUACGGGUGUGUUGAACCUAAAGCCGACAAUGUGAUUUCCAUGUCGGACUGCAGGAAGUAGGUAAUGU